CAAAGCGGAGAGCGGAGAGCCAGUACAACCCGUCAAACCCAACCCAAAGUCAUAUAUAGAGUUUACUCUAUAUACCAACUGUGAUAGCUGCCACAAGGAACAACGCCAUCAACUCCAUCAAUCCAUCGGUCAGAAUGUCUGCGUCCAAUAAAUUGCCUCAUCUGGUCAGUUCCACUUCUCGCUACAUUGCCGGACGGAAUGCCAUGCAAACGGUGUACUGGAGGGCCUCUGCUGGACCCAAUCCCCGCAUGGUGAAGACCCACAAGAACUUCGAAUUCGACCGCAAGCAGCUGGCCCCGAAAAGUGUAAGGAUGCAGAACCACAAUCACAGCUUCAUCAGCAAGUAGAGGGAGCUCUUAGUUCCGGCCCUGACAUGUUCCUAAUGUGUGGACAGACGACACACACUUCAAAAUAUUCAUAGAAUUUUAUUUUUUUUUGUUCAUUGUGCACUUAAUGUAUUUAUUGUGUGUAGUAUUGUAAAGCGAUAAACGCAAUCGUGAGUGUAGUACUCGUAAUUGUAAACUAAGCCGAGCCGGCACGUAGCGUCUCUGGAAGUAGAGCAAAACCCAGAAUCGCAGUGCGACGUCUCCCCCAGAGGCUGGCGGCGCCGCGUGGCUACGACUAUUCAUGUACCUUGGCAUUACAAAAAUAACAAAGAUUAAAUAAAAUGCAUUAUAGCUUGUAGAUAAUAAAACCCCCCACCCCUCA